AUGGCAUCGAUAGCGCCUCUUCAGAGUUUUUAUACUAUUACCAAGACAAGGAAGCAUUUGGCCGUAGCAAGUAGCCCUUCUCUCACAGGCUUUUCUGCUCUACCAACACCAACUGGUAGGGUGUUGAAGAAUAAAAAAAGAUCAUUGACGGUGGUUGCAGCCGUCGGAGACGUCUCAGCUGAUGGCACCACCUACUUAUUUAUCGGUGCAGCCACUGUUGCCCUGCUCGGAACUGCCUUUCCAGUCCUCUUCUCCCGCAAGGACACCUGCCCUGAAUGCGACGGAGCAGGUUUUGUUCGGAAAUCAGGAGUUACCCUGAGGGCAAACGCUGCUCGAAAGGAUGAGACUCAGAUUGUCUGUGCUCGUUGCAGUGGCCUUGGAAAGCUCAAUCAAAUUGAUAAAUAAAAAAUUACUGUGUUUUGUAAUUUUGAACUUUAGCCCUGCUGUAAUUUCAGUACCAUGAAGUCCCGACACUGUUAUACUGUAACUCCUACCUCAAAUUUUCCUACGUUUAUCACCAUGAUGAUAUAUUUCUUCUUCUUUAAUCUAAUUUUACAUUUGUAAUA